CCUUUAAGUGGACUGAGUCAUUGCUGUUGAUGGCCCUUCUAGCUGAGACUGCCAGUAGGGUGGCAUCCCUCUUCACCUAGACAGAAGUGAUCACUGGAUGCCACUUGGUUCACAAGCAUUUGAUUCCUCUGUACUGUCCAUGCCUCUAGCCUAUGAACAGUCCCUGCACGUGGAGGUCUGAUUGCUGCUUGUAGCCCUACAUCCCCACAACUCUGCCAUGCUUCCUAUGCUAAUGCCCCUCCUCCCCCUGUUACCUUCAGACUCCUUAAAUCCUCAUAUGUACUCAAGUUUGUGAGGUUAUACUCCGAUGUCAAGAAAAAUAACUGGUCUUCCUAUCCACUACUACCAUCUCUUGCCCCUUUCUUCUCCAUCUGGUGCUAGGGUAGAGCUUGUUCAUCCAGCUAGUUCUGGCACAAAACUGAACUGGUAUGGGAGUGAGAGAACUGUGCCCAUGUUGGAUGUGUCUUCCUUUGCGGGUGAGGGGCAUCUGAAGCAGGCACCCUUUCCUCCUUUUAUUAGACUGCUCUCAUUUAUUACACCAUCUGUUUUCCCAGUGCCAGAGAUGAUGCUGGGGAUAUGUGACUUGGGGCACUCAGGCAGAAACUGGCCUGCACAAGGCCAGCCAUGUGUUUGCCUCCUAGCAAUGCAGCGGUCAGCAGCAAAUUCUUUGCUGCCGCCUCCUCUCAGUAUGGGAGAGAGCAAGCGUGGGCCUGGGUGUGUAGGAGACACAAAGAGAUAAAAUAUGUGAAGGAGCAGGGGGAGGCACGGGAGGGACGUGGACUGGGGGUACAUACGUAUCAGCUAGAGAGAACUGUGGGAAGGAAGGACAGACAGACAGAUGGGCAGAGUAGGGGAGAAAGUAAAAGGAAUGGAUUGUCAGGAGGGUAAGAAAGAAGAACUGGGAGGGAGACAAAGAAAUGGGCUGGCUGGGGACAGUGAGAGCAAGGCUGAGAAGGAAGGGCAGGCAGGCAGAGUUGUCUGAUAUGUAGUGGGGAAGGAGAGAGGUGGAUUGUCUGUGGGAGAGAGAUGUGUGUCAGCCAGGUACUAUGGUAAUAGGUAACUGGAUAACCGGAGAUGGAGAUGAAGAGACUGCUUGUGUGUGUGUCUGUGUUUGUAUAUGCCUGUGUAGGGGAGAACUGAGUGAAUGACAGGGAGGGAGAACAGCCAUAAGGAGAGAGAAAAGAGAUAAAGCCGAGCUAUAAGAAAGAGCAAAAGAGCAAAUCUAGAGAUUAAAUGUGGGAAGAAGAGAGAUGUGGGAAGGCAAAGCAGCCCUCAGAGUGCAAAUAAGAGUGGAGAUAUGGUGGGAGAGAGGAGGGAAGCUCUUAGGAGAAGGGAAACUAACAGUGCUAGUACUAGUAUUCGGGGCUGAGGUUCUCUUACUGGGACCUGAGAGAGGAUAGAGGGCAGAAAUACAAGCAUGACUACGUAAGACUAAAAAGAAGCAUUUUCUUAUACACAGGGCUUACUGCCAAUGCACAGAGACCCAGUGGACCUGGGAAUGUAAAUGCCACUGUUCUAGUGCAGGGUGUUUCCUGCUUGCUGAACUGCAAUGUACCUGAGCAUCUGCAACCUGUGGACUGCCUAUUUCCAGUGCUUGACUGCUAGGAGCUGUUUAUGAUGGCAGCCUGAUGACCAUAGCUGUGGGGACCGACUACUGGCUUUACUCCAGAGGGGUUUGCAAGACUAAAACUGUCAGUGAGAACGAAACCAGCAAAAAGAACGAGGAAGUCAUGACCCAUUCUGGAUUAUGGAGAACCUGCUGCCUGGAAGGGAAUUUUAAAGGUCUGUGUAAGCAAAUCGAUCACUUCCCUGAGGAUGCAGAUUAUGAAGCCGAUACAGCAGAAUAUUUCCUCCGGGCUGUUAGAGCCUCUAGUAUUUUUCCGAUCCUGAGUGUGAUUCUGCUUUUCAUGGGUGGACUCUGCAUUGCAGCCAGCGAGUUCUACAAAACUCGACACAACAUCAUCCUUAGUGCCGGCAUCUUCUUCGUGUCUGCAGGUCUGAGUAAUAUAAUCGGGAUCAUCGUAUACAUAUCAGCCAACGCUGGAGACCCCUCGAAGAGCGACUCCAAGAAGAACAGCUACUCCUACGGCUGGUCCUUCUACUUUGGGGCCCUGUCCUUCAUUAUAGCCGAGAUGGUGGGAGUGCUGGCCGUCCACAUGUUCAUUGACCGGCACAAACAGCUGCGCGCCAACGCUCGCGCCACGGACUACCUCCAGUCCUCCGCCAUCACCCGCAUCCCCAGCUACCGGUACCGCUACCAGAGACGCAGCCGCUCCAGCUCCCGCUCCACCGAGCCUUCACACUCCAGGGAUGCCUCUCCCGUCGGGAUCAAAGGGUUCAACACCCUUCCAUCAACAGAGAUCUCGAUGUACACCCUGAGCAGGGACCCGCUGAAGGCCACCACCACCCCUACCGCUACCUACAACUCCGACAGGGAUAACAGCUUCCUCCAGGUUCACAACUGUAUCCAGAAGGAGAACAAGGACUCGAUCCACACCAACACAGCCAACCGCCGGACCACCCCGGUAUGAAGCCGCCGCCAGGAGCUGCAAGUGGGAAGGGAGGAGGCAGGAG